UUGACCAUAAUUGAACAAUUUGAACAAUUUUGCCGUCUAAUCUUAAACAGAUUAACUUUUAUUCUGUUCAAGAUACAAGUUUUCGCUGUGCAGAAUAUAUAAUCUUAUUAGUUAUUUCACUUUUUUUGGUUCUUUUCAUUCUUUCAUUCUUUUCUUUAUAAAGUUUUGCUAACCACUGGACUUGACAGUAUCGUAAAGAGCACAAGAUCGCUAAGUAUAAAAAGCCACCAUGGGGAAAAUCAAUAGACAAAGCCUAUUCGAUCAACUAGAUAGUAUAGCACUAGAUAUGACUGAUGAAGUCGAACAAGAUGAUAUUAUAGAGUCUACUUCUACCAUACUGUCAUAUCAUCAUCAUAGCAAUCACAGUAGUAAUCAUCAUAACAAUCAUCAUAACAAGCACAAUCACAAUAAUAACAAUAAUAAUAACCGAAAUGAGUCAGUGUCAAGAUCUAUGUCUACAAGCUCUACUUCAUCAUAUAAUACUGUCAAUUCAGUCAAUUCCACUACGUCAACCACUUCAACCAUAACAGCACACACAUCAUCAUCUAUUCGACCUGAACUACAAAAACAAUCAACCCAAGAUUCAAAAUUCCUAGUACGAAAAUUUUCCCUUAAACAACAUUCAAAAGCUCGUAAUGAGCAACAUAAGAAUCUACUUUUACAACAACAAAAUAUGGUUAAUAUACUAGAUUAUCUUAUUGAUAUACUUGAUAUGGAAAAUAAUCAAAUACUAGAGGCUUUAAGUGAAUCUGUUGAUAAAUUAUCCAAAUUAGUACCGUAUAAUACUUAUAGAAUAGAGAAUUUCAAUGUUAAAUUUAAUCAAGAGACCAAGCACAUAUGAUGCAUAAGAUUACGAUUACUUAAUAAAUUAUAUUAUAUUAUAUUAUAUUAUAUAUGUAUAUAGA